AUGUCAUCAACAAACCUUACCUCUGCAGAGGAAGCCGUACUAGACCCCGAGACUCCUACACAAUCUGCCACCACCUCCAAAGAUGACAAGGCCAAGGCGACCCCCAAGUCGGCACCAGCUACGGGCCGCACUCGACCGCGAGCCAAGUCUUUCAAGCAAGAGCCGACCCUCCUCCACGAUUUCCUCAUGGGUCGACCGUCGCCCGCCCGACUGGCCGCUGACCGCCAGAGGAGAAUGAGUCUCGAGGCUGUCAAGGCCGAGCUGCGUCACGAGAUGAAACAAUCACAGGUCAAGCGGCUUCAGCCUCCCGGCGGCGUAAGGGAUCGUGUAAAGAAGUGGCAGAAGGCCAAUGCUGCCGCCAUGGUGGACGGAGACCCGGACGACGCGGCGACCGAACCCACCGACGUUGCCUUCAAGGACGACGACUUUAGGAGUGUGACGGAGGAAGACCGGGUCCGCAUCAAGAUGAGGAAGAAGGUCAAGAGGCCUAACAACAAGACCAAGGAGAGUCUCGCCACGGAAGAUGAGAAGACACCAGAACCCACGCCAGCCAAACCGCCGCCGAAGAAGCGAGUCGUUAGCGACGAACAUUGGCGCAAGAACCGAAAGAAUCUCCCCAAGAAGGGCGCCCCCGAAAAGUUCUCGAGUCCUGCUCCACUGCCCAAGGACUUUGUCGCACGCAAUUGCGCCAACCCGUCUGUCUCUAACAAGGUCAAGGCGUGGGCAAGCAAGGUCGAGAUCCCUGACACACCGCCCUCAGGAAGCCACAGGUUCUCCAAGUCGGUGGGAUCCAGGCCUUGUUGGGAUACUGACAGCGAAUUUAUGAGCGACAUGGGAGAGACAAUUAGCGAAAUGACACCGAGCAACGUCAACAGCAGCCGAGUGACGGCCCAGCGAACCGCAAAGUCAGUGUCAGGGACAGACGACGGCAUCCGAGUAAGAGCUCAACGAACCGCCAAGUCGGUAUCAGGGGGAGAUGAUGGCAUUCGAGUAACGCCGAUGAAGAAGAAGUUGGACGACGACGGCAUUCGAGUGACCCCGAUCAACCCGGACGACGAUGGAAUCCGGGUGAGGCCCAUGAGCGAGGUAUCAUCCAAUGCCGGAACCUCAAGACCUGGAUCAAUACGAACUGCUAGAUUACGGUUGAAAUCUGCUCCAACCUCUCGACGGCCUAGUAUGCAGUCUGAGAGGAGGAAGCAGCAUUCAGACUUGUCCAGGACGGAUUUGACAGGGGCGUCAUCCGAACUGUCAAGCAGAGUUAUCGAAAGCGAAUCCGACUUAUCCAAGACGACAAGGACGGGAGGCAAGUCCGAGCAAGGGCCCCGACCAGUCGACGUGCUUGAUGAUUCGAUGGUAGACACGCCCACAAAGCGCCGAAGCGUAUCAGGGAAGAAGCCUCGGCCCAAGAGUUACCACCCAGGUACGACGACUCACAAGGAUAAAGAAACAUGGGUCCCUGAGGACGACUCGACUUUGGAACCCUCUCAGCUGGAUGGAUCCGACCUGUCUUCUAGCAUUCUGGCCAAGUCCAUCGCCGAUAUCCCUGGGGAUAUUCCCUGGGGAAACUCUGCCUUUACUGAGCUCGAUCUCCCCCUAAGAGCACGCGGCGGGCCUCUUCGUAGCCGACCCAAGCGCCCGGUGCGCCCCAAGGUCGAAAGAAACACCAGCUUCAAGUCGAUGCCAAAGGUGUUCAAGAAGGUUAUGGAGGAGGGCAAGAAGAUCAUUCAUGAGAUGAACGAGCCUCCGAGGCAGCCUGCACCAAACAACCCCCCGAGCAUUGAAAACUGGCUCAACAACACUGUCGACCCCUUUGUCGAGGAACAAAAGACUGAGCCGGCAACAACCCCGAUAGAAGAAGCUUCGGAUAUGCUUUCUUCUCCAGAGACAGUCAAGAGCCGCCGAAGGUCCUCUCGUGUUGAGAAACGGAGGGAAUCCGUUUCAAAGAUGAACAAACCAGACUUGGCUGAAAAGGCUGCGUCAAAAGAACAUCUGGCACCCGCACCAGAGCCAGUACCAGUACCAGUGCCAGUCAAGGAGGAGCCUCGCCCGGAACCUAAGCCAGAACCAGCACCAAAAGCUCCAGCACCAAAAGCUCCAGCACCCAAGGUGGAGCCUGUGCCUGAGCCUGAGCCGCACAUAGAACCAGAACCUGAAUCUAAUCCAGAGCAGGAGACGGUCAGAGAACCGUCACCAGAGUCUCGGUCGCAACCGAAACCCAAACCGAAGCGACAAGCCACAAAGCCACCGACCAAGACACCGGGUGGCCCGGGCCUGAAGAGAACUCGAGCAACAAGGAACACAGCCUCGCCUGUCAAGACCGGACCAAAGGCUUACCUCCUGGGGAUGUUGAAGGAGGCCUUCCAGGGCGAGUCUGGCAACCAUCUUCCCAAGCCAAAGACCUACCAGAGUCAAGAGGAGCGACAGUAUGACGAUGAUCCCGAAUCUGAGUACACGGAUUCCAGAUAUGACGACCCUCGACACGAUGGCUCUCGCUAUGAUGACUCGCGAUACGACGACUCGCGAUAUGAUGAUUCCCGCUAUGACGACUCUCACUAUGACGACUCCCAUUAUGAUGAUUCUCGUUACGAUGAUGAAUUGACCAAUGACGAUUCAACCGAGAACUGGACAGAGACUGAGCUCUCCAAGCCCCCGAAGGCCGAGAUGUCGGGGGCCCUAAGAUCUAUGUCUCCUGAAGAGCAACGUGAACGACCUCAGGAACGAGUUAGCCACCAGGAGCGAGUUAACCCUCAAGAGCCAGUUAACCGUCAGGAGCCAGUUAGCCGUCAAGAGUCAGUCAACCGCCAGGAACCGGUCGCUCGCCAGGAGCCAGUUGACCGCCAAGAACGAGUCAAAUCUCCAAAUAGGGAUGACCGUAUGGACUUGCCAUCGGCUCGAAUGGCAGGACCUCGACUUCGGCCGCCAACCAACGGACAAUACGAACUAUCAACAAUAUUGUCCGAGGAGGACUCUAGUGCCGUCGAAUCGGAUAUGACCUCGGACGUUUCUCAUUCGACCCUCACCCAAUCUACCGUGCUAACAAGGGGGAGCUCACGUUCCAAGUCCCAGAAGCGAGGUUCCAGUCUCAAGAGGCGACUGACACGUCACUCUGACCUGGUCUCCGUCCUCUCGUUGCCCGACGACAACAACAUUCCCAAUGGAAUCAAGAGCAAUCGAUCACGACCCAGUAUCCGCAAGAGCAGAGGCGGACCCAACGAUGUGACAAAUGAUGACCUUCUCAGGGAAUUUGCCGAGGACGAGAACCUUUAUCUUCGCGAACUGAAGACACUAGUCGACGGUGUCAUUCCUGUGCUCCUUUCUCAAGUCGUCAAUGGCGACAAUGCAACUGAGCUCUUUGGCUCUGCUGCUCCAACUACAAAGACCGAUGCUGUCUCAAAGUCGGUGGUUCACAUGGGUGUCGCCCUUGAAAAGCUCCGAAUGGCACACCACAAAGCCCCUGUCUCAGAUAUUCGCCGUCUGGCUUCUUGGGGGCAUGGCGUUGUCCCUAUUUACCACAAGUAUCUCGAUGCCUGGAGACUCGGAUUCCAGGACCUCGUUGUCAACCUUGCCCCCGCAGUGGGAGCACCUGAAGAUGAAGACUCCUUGAUUGGCGCUAUGCCCAGAAACGAGUCUGGUGAUAUUAUUGAUUCCACAGGAGAGAGAGUGGAUGUCGCUCAUCUCCUAAAGAGACCUGUACUGCGACUGAAGCAGAUGGCCAAGUUCUUCAAAUGCGUCGACUCCAUCAUCGCCACUAACGACACGUAUGAUCUGUUGAGGGACUUCGAGGACCUGCAAGAAAAGGCCCGUCGUCGUCACCGAGAGGAGAUGGCUAGACUGACGGAUGAAGAUGCCAUCAACACCGAUACAACAAGAGCGCGUGAUCUUCGAACACUUGGCCCCAUGGAGGCUGUCUACAUCGAGCCGAGUCGCCAAGUCAGCGCCAAGGACUUUUUCUCGCUUGAAUUGUCGCACUCCAACGGCCAGCGACUGGAAUGUCAAAUCGAGCUGGUGCACCGAGACAAUUUGCGCCAUCCCGAGGACAAGGGUGACAUUCUGAUUCGUGAGAACGGUGUCAAGGGAAAAUCUUUUCUUCUUUUCCCUCCUGUGCCUGUUGAGCUCAUCUCUGCACGGACAGGAGACAGCAACUUUGACAUGGUGGUCAUGAUUCGGGGAACACACAAUGACAGGCCCUGGCAUGAGUUGCUCACCCUCACAACGGACAAUGAGGACCAGAUCCUGGAUUGGUUGGAUAUCCUGCCUGUCAAGCCCUACCCUCCGAGGGAGCCGGAGCCCAGCGUGAUCGGUGAUGAGGAGGAACCAUCUUCAAAACCCGACAUGCUGGAUGUGCCAGUGGGUGUACGAGGAUCCUCUCGCAAAUAUUCAUCUCGUUCAUCUCGUCACUCCUCUUACUCGGCUCGAUCUCCUGUUGCCGAGUCGCCGCCAGCCAGCCCAACAACGCCAACGACCCCAACUGGCAAGCGGCCUCUUCCGUCCAGGUAUCGACCUCGCUCUGCCUCGCCAGCUACACCACCUCCCAUGCAGUCACCCGAGAAUUAUGAUCUCCAGAGGACACCAACCCAAAACGACUAUCGAUACGAUGACAGACAGCUGCCCUUGUUUGAGAGCCUGCAACCUGAUCCUCUCAACAUCCGCAAAACUUCUAGCGGUCCGUCUUAUCGAACUGAUGGUGCACCUCCUCCACCAGUUCAUCGCGAGCUCACACCCAGCCCUGGGCCUACAUCCAAGUCACAGUUCGCCAAGCCACUCAUCGAACUCCCGCCCAGCAGCCGCGUCAAGCGACGGACAUCCUCUCCGCUCAAACAUGAGUACCUGCCCUCGGAUGGAUCGUCUGUGUCUGGUACCUCCUUGACAGGAAGCUAUCAGACUGAGGACUACACAGAAACCGAGUCCGACUAUGAGUCUUCCGACGAUGAGAUCGAGAGCGUAGAUCUUCCCGAGACCGAGCUGGGUUUCAGCAUCAGGGACGAUCUGCCUGAAGACAUCCCAGAAGAGCGCCCAGAAGAUCUGAUUGAGGAACUAGAAUCAUCACUGCCCAAGCCUCGAACUCUCGUCGACUCUGCUGUGUCUGGGUCAACCGUCAGCUUGACGCCAUCCAACUCCGCAUCCCAAGCUGGCCUCCAUGGACAAAAGAUGGCGCCUGAAGAGAACGCCAUGCGGUUCAUUGCCGCCAUUUCAAGAUGGUCCGACAAGGGCAUGUGGAGGGACAUUUCUGCGGAUAACUGCUCUGUCAUUGUUACGCCUGGCAUGAUCCAGGCCUUCCCCGUCCGCAGCGAGCAAAACGAAGCCCCCAUCCUCGCCCUAGACCUCACUCCUCUCGUCCUCAUCCGCCAGAGCACAGCAGUUGACCUAGAGAUCCGCUCGUCGGUCAGGUCAGACUGCCAGCUUGCCAACUCACACAGCGGAGGAAACUUCCGCUUCCGAUGCCAGAACAGCCCUGACUGCUUCAACCUCUACAUGUCCGUCCACCACGCUCGCCUCAACAACCAAAAGUUCAUCCAGCUCGAGAAUGAGGCUCGCUUCAAGAGCUUUGGUGAGCGCAAGCCCCCGGCCGAGAACGAUGACACCAGCAGCCGCCGACGAAGCUGGUUCGGCCGUAAGAACAGCUACCGCAGCUCAGUCCGUGCCCCUUCUCAAUCCCACGACGGCGCGAGCACCACCCCUUCAUCCACACUCUCGGCCACCAGCUUCCUCAAGAGACUCACAGGAGCUGCAAACCUGCCCUUCAACUUGGCUCGCUCCUCUGUCGACAGAAACAGCCGCUACAACGCAAGCCUGAAAUCACCGGGAUCCUCAUCCUGGGGCGGAGCAACCCCACGUUCGCCCUCUAUCAGCGUCGAGAACAGCGGACGAGGCCCGGCCAACUUUGGCACCGAGGACAUCAAGAUCCGACUCCAUCUCCUCGUGUCGGCAGCCAAGUGGGAGGACUAUGGCAACUGCAGGCUGUCGAUCCGACGACCACCACCGGGCUGGCACCAGGCGCUCCGAGCGGACCACGGACUGGAGAAGCGCGUCACAGUCAAGACAAUCCCGCGCAAGGACUCAGACCAGCCUGUUGUGCUUCUGGAUGCUGUCCUGGGCAGUGGCUGCUUCACGCCCAUGGGCAGCCGUGGUAUUGUCUGUGGUGUCUGGGAGGAAAUGAAGGACCACAACGGCGUCGUAGGCGUCGUCCCAGCCACAGGUCCCACUGGCGGCAACGUCAAGAAGUGGUGCUUCCAAUGCGCCAGCGUCGCCGAGGCAGGCUGGGUUCUUAGACUCGUCCAUCAAGAGGUUGUCACCGCUUAA